AUGCGAUUAAUCAACACCUCGACAUUGCUUCUGCACGACUUUCCGGGCCGGGAUGUCCCGCUGUAUGCAAUCCUUUCUCAUCGGUGGGAGGACGGCGAGGUGACUUUCCACGACAUGCAGAGCGGACUGGGGCCGGAGAGGGCGGGCUGGAUAAAGAUAAUCGGCUGUUGCUCGCAAGCCGCGCGCGACGGCUGGGAAUAUAUAUGGAUAGACACCUGCUGCAUCGACCGGAGCUGCGGCGCCGAAGUGUCGGAGGCGAUCAAUGCCAUGUUCGCCUGGUACCGGGACGCGCAGGUGUGCUACGUCUUCCUGUCUGAUGUCCCGUCGGCGCUUGAGGACCCCUUCGAGCCCGGCUCCGGCUUUCGGCAGAGCAGGUGGUUCCGUCGGGGCUGGACGCUGCAGGAGCUGCUCGCGCCGCCACGGGUGGAGUUCUACGCCCGGGACUGGACGGAGAUCGGGACCAAGUCGAGCCUCGAGGACCUGAUCGUGGUGAUCACCAGCAUCACCCACCUGUUUGAUUUCCAAGACGCGUGCGUGGCGCAGAAGAUGUCCUGGGCCGCGGGCCGGGCGACGACGCGGGCGGAAGACGAGGCCUAUUGCUUGAUGGGCCUUUUCGACGUCAACAUGCCGAUACUGUACGGAGAGGGCGCAGCGAACGCUUUCCUCCGCCUGCAGCAGGAGAUCAUCGGCAAGACGGACGACGAGUCCAUUUUCGCAUGGAGCCAUCAUAUGGGCGGCGGAGGCCUGCUGGCCGACGCUCCGGCUUAUUUCGCACGGUCAGGUGACGUGCGCAGAGCUGUGUUCGAUGCUGCGCGGCCGCCCCAUGCCAUGACCAGCAGAGGGCUGCGGAUGGAGCUGAUCCUCUUGCAGGGGCCAGAUGCGGAUUACGACGUGCAAUUGGCGCCUCUGAACUGUGCGAAGGGGGCGGGCAAAGAUGACCACUUCAUCACCCUCCAGGUCACGAAAUCCGGAUCGGGGCUGGCGAGCGAGGGGCUCUUUCAGACUCCCGAGUGGGAAGGCCGGCGAUCGAACCAGAUGUUCAGUUACAAGGCGCGGAAGCCCCUCUUUGGCCACCGGACGAUCAUCUUCUUCCCGCAGCAGCCGAGUCUCCAGCCGCGACAGCCGUCUCCUGCGGAGCGGGACCCGUGGCCGCUAGAGCAGAUUUCCGUUCCCACCCUCGCGCUGCUCGAGUGCGGCUUCCAUCCGUCGCAGCGAUCGACGCCCGAGGACGUCGUGCGCUGGACGCAGGAGGACGUCGCCGCACCUCUCGUGCGCCGAAGCGUGCGCAACGGCGAGAUCACCGAGCUGUUCUUCACGAACGAGGACUUUGGCGUCUUCGAUCUCGCCAUCGGGAUGACGGAUCACCGGCUGUGGGUCGACAUCGUCUUACCGCUCAAUCCCUCUCAGCGCUUGUCGGGCGCGGAAUUCCCCGGCGCGCGGGAGAUUGGGAUUGGCAGGAAAGCGGACCGGAUCUCUCGAUGGCUGCGCAGUGGGCUCUCCGUCUCGGCGUCCGUGAAGGUGGCCGUGGAGAUGGGGAAGCGGAUACACAAGGUGGACGUCAUCAUCGGAUCUGGCGAUGAGCUGAGAUGGCCUGAGAGGAGGAUCGAGGACGGCGAAUGGCGCCUGAAGCCGACGAAGGGUCGGCGUCUAGCUGAAUAG